GUACGCUCUCUCUCGCUCGCAUUCAUGGUAUGUUCACGUCGCAUCAACCGAGAGCGGAAGCCCGGCAGCCGCAGCCGCUUCGUCCUCGAAACAGCAAGAGACGAGAUCACAGGCGUGCUGCGCUGUAUCUUGGGCAGAGGCACGCGGUUGGCGGCUGCAUGCACAGCAAACUAUGCACGCUCAAUCAAGUAGUACUAGUGCUUCGCGUACCCAGAACCAGUCCAUAGACUGAAGAGUACGGUUACACAUACGCACGCACGGAGAGCAGCAGCAGUGACCCAUCGCGGUGAAGGGCUGAAGGCCACAUCGCCUAGAUGGGGAAGAAAGGUGGAGCGAGGAAGAGGAAGAAGGGGCACGACGACGAGGAGGAGCUCGUCAACCUCAUCUUCUCCUGGUCCCUCCAAGACGUCGCCAACCAGGACCUCUUCAGAGACAAGGUGAACACGAUACCUGACAGGUUCUUCGGCCUGAAGAGCUACCUGGACUCGUUCAGGGCCCCGUUGCUGGAGGAGAUCCGAGCGGAGAUGAGCUCCGCCUUGGACCCGCAACCCAAUGGCUUCAUCCCCGUGGAAAUACGGUCGCUGGUUAGCCUCGCUCCCAAGGGAGCCAAGGGCGUCAAGAAGAUCACCCCGUUUUACCGCGUCACCGUCUCCGGCCGCCGCGGUGCUUGUUCCCCAUGCAUCGGCGACAUAGUCGCGCUCUCGGCGGCGACACCGCUUCGGCCGCCGCAGCAUGCGAGCGACGGCAUUCCCUACUGCCUCGCCCACGUCAAAGACGUCACCAGCAAGUGCAGCUUUGUGGUUAGAGCGUCCAAGGUAAUAGAAGAUGUGACCUGCUACGCGUUCGUUGUCAGCUUGCUCAGCUUCAUACCCUACGCGCGCAUCUGGCGGUGCCUCAACUACGAAGCCGCCGUCGAGAGCAAUGCAGACCUCGUCAAGGUCAUCGCCGGCGUUAACACCAUGCAGGCAAGCAGUUCUGCGUAA